AUGGUUGAGACAGGACUGUGAGUAUUUUCGCUGUUCUCCCAAUAUGUUUAUUUAGGUAUCAGCAAAGAGAAAGUAAAAAAAUAUGAAUAUAUGUUAACCAACACAUGAUAUGUCGAUAAGAUCUUUCUCAAGUCAGAAUGCAGUAAGCACCUUUUGAGGAAAUAGAGUAGCUUUUUACCACUUAUAAAGAAGUAUUCAUAGCUUAUAGUCAUAAGAAAAAUAUGGUUAAAAGUUGUUUUUAAGUAAUACAACCGGCUUCAAUGAGAAGCUCUCAUCUUUCACUAAAGCUCAAACGACAGAAAAGAAAAAAGUAUGGGUAAAAGCAGGUGUUUAUUUAUCAAAUACCACAUCCUUUGCAUCCAGUCGACAUUUCCAGACCUGACGACAAUGAUGGGUAUUUGUACACCACGCUCCCACCCACACCCACCCCCAAACUAAAUUUUAAUUACAUGGUUGGAUAGAGGAUGCCGAGUUAUCUUCACACCCAACCAUAUUUUUUUCUGUCUUAGCUUUGCUGGAGUACGGGGUAGCUAACAUCUCAUCCAGAAAUUGCUUCUAAAGAAACAAAAGGCUUGCUUUUUUUGUAUUAUGAUACCAUAUUACUCUAUAUUGUCUAGUUACCUUUAAGUGAUUAAUGAUAGUGAUGAUAUCGUUCAUCUAUACACAUAUUCAGAGUUUUUAAAGUCAGUUGAUGAUGAAUCAUUGUCAAUGUGUCUGUCUAUUUGCCACUAAUGAACUAUAAAUCUGAACUUAUGAACACUAAUACUAUUGUCUGUCCAAAAAUUCAGUGGACUCGAAUAUUUUUUGAAUAACUCGAGAACGGAAUAAGCUAGAGAGCGGCGGUUUUCAGAUUAUGAAAGAGC